UUCCCAGAGACUAGUGUACGGCGUAAGCUUGCAACGUGGCGCUGGCUUUACUGUCACUUUCCGGCGCUGCAAACAAGCCAAUAGCAAGCCUUGUUACGCUUCGAGUUGAACUCAGUUUUUAUGUUUCGCGCAACGCGAGUGGCCGAAGGUACCACUUGAAGAAUUUCUGGAGUUAGUGCCUUUGGUUGAAACUGAUAGCGGUCAGCCGGCAUCUUUCAAAAAAUCAGUGUAUUUAGAAGCCAGACAGUAUAACACUGCAAUGGACCUGCGUGCCUUUACGUGCUUGUUAUGUGUAUAUGCUGGAGUGAUCGUUGCGAAGCCAACCUACAAGAAAGAGAGGGUCCAUGUGGAACCCGAGCUAAGCAGAGAUCGCCACGAAGACAACCAGAGUUAUCGAUACGACCACGAGGCCUUUUUGGGCAAAGAAGAAGCCAAGACAUUUGAUCAGUUAACCCCCGAAGAGAGUAAAGACCGACUAGGAAAAAUUGUAGACCGAAUAGAUAGUGAUAACAAUGGUUAUGUCACUGUUGAAGAGCUGAAGAGUUGGAUUAAAAGAGUACAGAAGCGAUAUAUUUAUGAAAAUGUGGCUAAAGUUUGGUCUGAUUAUGAUUUAAAUAAAGACAAUAGAAUUUCUUGGGAAGAAUACAAACAAGCCACAUAUGGCUACUACCUUGCAAAUCCUGAAGAGUUCCAAGACACUAAUGACCAGUUUAGCUUCAAAAAAAUGUUACCCCGAGAUGAAAGAAGAUUCAAAGCAGCUGAUCUUGAUGAAGAUUUGGCAGCCAGCAGAGAGGAGUUUACAGCAUUUCUUCACCCUGAAGAGUUUGAGCAUAUGAAGGAUAUUGUCGUUCUUGAAACUCUGGAAGAUAUAGACAAAAAUGGUGAUGGAUAUGUGGAUGAAGAUGAGUACAUUGCUGACAUGUUUUCUCAUGAAGAAGGUGGACCAGAGCCUGACUGGGUUAAAACUGAAAGAGAACAGUUUUCAGAUUUCAGAGACACUAAUAAAGAUGGAAAAAUGGACAAAGAUGAAAUUCGACACUGGAUUCUUCCCCAGGACUAUGAUCAUGCUCAGGCUGAAGCGAGACAUUUGAUGUACGAGUCAGAUUCAGACAAGGAUCAAAUAUUAACUAAAGAAGAAAUCUUAGAAAAAUGGAACAUGUUUGUGGGGAGCCAAGCAACAAACUAUGGAGAGGAUCUCACCAGAAACCACGAUGAACUUUAACUCUGGUUUACUUCUGAGUCCCUUUCUUGCCAGAAACUGUAUGUGGAGUACAACUGGGCACUUUUCAACAGUAUUUUAACUGACUGCAUCAGCACAGUGGCAAAAGUAUUUUGUUACCUCAGAUUAAGUGGAAAGUGACCUUUAGCUGCUUACAUGUAGGUUUGAGCCACGCCAGCAUAACUUUUGUGAUUAUGUGCUGCAGCCUCUUCUCUUUCUAUUUACUAAGCUGCUUUUUUUGUGUCUCUGGAAAUAUGAUAUGGAUUUCUUUUCCUUAGUCGUUUGGAGAUUUUAUGGGGCUGACAUCUUCAAGAUAAGACACUUCAAUUCAGGUGAAUCCAUAUGCAGUUUUUAGAGUGAUGUAUAGUAAUGUUAAGUAAGCCUUGUUUUUUGUAAUAAAUCUAUAAUGCAAUGCCA